UCAGAUAAAUUUCACUCAUCGGCCGCGACGGUUCGGUUUUUUGCGUGUCAAAUUCCUCACGCAACACUCGUAUUGUGUGGGAAUCUGCUGUGGGGUUUCCCCGAUUCGCGUCGUCCGGAAAACUCGAAACUUCAAAUCAUACCGAAAUCCGCUUCCAGCAGCAGCGUGGUGUGCCAACCGGGAACCAAAUGGUUGCAGAAUUUUGCCGAGACAGCGAAUUUGAACUGUGAAAAAUGGCCGAUUCGAGGUGGAAGGAGCGAGUCGGAAUCGACAUCAAUUUCAGUUCCGGCGACGAGGACGACGACGAUAGCAGCUGCACGCUUCACUUUGGCGACGAGCCGGACUUUGUAGGAUCGCUCGGUGGCUGUAACUCGCAGGAUCUCGAGGAAGCGUUCCGGGUGUCCUCGGUGGACGACGUGCUCAGUCAGUACGAGCAGUAUGGUAGUACGCCUCCGCGGACCAGAAUAAAGAACAAAAACAGGAGCUCCCGGCAGAGGAUGGAAGGAAACGUCCGAAUGCGAACCGGUGGACGGUUGGCGCGGCCACGUGCCGACCGGCGAAACACCGUCGAUUGUGCCAUCCUGAACCAGCUGAUCAUGGAGCCGACUGAUGAAAAAGCACGCGGUGACAAGCGUUCGACGCAGCUGCUUCGUGAAUCCGAACGGGACUCCAAGAUGGCCACUGCAAUCAAUACCGUGAUUGCGAGGAAUUCAGCCAAUUUCGGCAUCCCACCGGGAUCGAUUGAAGAACGUGCCGAAAGUAUGCCCAUUCCUUCGCUCACCUCAGGAAUUCCGCAGGCUGUAGUCGAGUCAUGUAACAGGUUCAUGAGCGUGAAAUCACGCCCCGUAGGAUGUCGAACGUCGGCUCCGCCAUCCGCGUUUGCAAACUUCCGCGACAGUGUACACAUUUCAAAGUCGGACAUACCACAAAACCGGAUUGCAUUCCACGAUACCUUUUCGAACCUGAUUAAAUUGGGUAGCAUCGACAAGGAUCGCACCACUAAGAACAUAAUUUCCACUGAGGAGAGACUGUGGCAGACGCACGUCAACGAUCUUCUGUGGCUGGAACUGCAGGCUUGGCAUGCAGAUCGUUCCGUUGAGCAGCAGGAUAAAAUCCUCUGCCAAGCUCGCAACGAGAUCGAUAGUUUACUGAACGAAAUCAUGAACUUCCGCUUCCAGCGGCAACUGGCCCGCAAUGUAAGUGAUCUAAGCAUGGCGGACAGUGGCUUUGGAUCGGACGCCACGGCUUCAACCGCCAACGGUGAAACCAACAAGCCUUUUUGCUUCGGAUGCCUGUCAAUGUACUGCAAAGACUGUCUGGAGAUACAGACAAUUGCGUUGAAACAGGUAGAAGAUCUGUUGCUCCGGCUAGAGUCGAAGGAAAGUCUGUUUCCAUCGUCCAAGGCAAUGGGAGCUGCCUACCCAAUCUACCAGAGUGAAGCGUUUGUCGGCAGGGUGAAGGCAAUGUGUCUCUGGUACAAUAUGACGAAACAACAUCGACUAACGCUGCUGAUCCUGGGCAAACUGCUGGCCAGACUGCAAGGCAACAAGAAAUCGUACCACUGGCCAAUCAUGGAGACGGACAGCUCGACCAGUUCGUCGGUGCAGGAGGAGAACGGUGAGGUCGUAGAUAGCGGACAGGGCGAUUCGAGUACGACCAGUUCCGUCACCAGCUGUACGACAAAGCGUGUCCAGUUCAUGGAAGAAACUGGAAGUGCAACCGAAAGUGCCAACAGUGACGAAUCGGACGAAAUGGACAACUUUUCGAUUCGCAAACAUUACGCCUUCACCGGCGAUACAGAAAUGAGUCAGUACAUGAAUACACUCAACUUUUACAGUGUCAAUUCGAUAACGGAAGUUACCUCGCAUACGGCAAACAAUUCAACCGCGUUGUACCGUAAAUACAUCGAAAACGUUCUCAAGUGCCGAGGAUUGGGCAAGUCGCUAACGUUCCUGCAUCGGCUCCACAAUGUAGUGCUGCGGAAGGCCCAGCUGACGUUGGAGAAACCUGGCAUGCAGGUGCUAGAUGACGAUUCUUUGUUUGUCGAGGAGGAUGUCCCUUGCAUCGAGCCACCGCUCGAGAAGGAGCAGGAAGGUGAACUGCGUCGUUUUGGUGCCGCUAGCAAAGAAGCCAAAGAGCUGAACCUUCCAUCGUACGUGCCGGCGUUCAUCUUCCUGUCGUUGAUUCCGCUGGAGGUGAUUCAGGAGUUCCUGAAGAUGCGCUUGGAAACGCAACCUGUCCAGCCGAAUCCGCUCAGCUUAGAGCAGCACAUCAAGGAGCUGAAGGAGGGACUAACGCUAGCCAUGAUCCACCGGGAUCGUUUCGAAAAGCACAUCAAUACGGCGCUGUAUGAUCGCGAGUCGGAACUGGACCGGUACAUGACCGUGCUGGAGACGUUUGACGGGACGGUCAAGCGUAUCUUCGAGUUGUAUCUGGACUAUGCGGAGCAGUGGAUACUGGGUGCGACACCGGAAUGCCAGCAAAAGUCUGCACUGGACGAGGAGUGGCGCUUUACCAAGUUGAUCUGUCCGAUGAUUCCGGGGCAGCACGCGAUCGCCGCUAAAGGGUUCUGUAAGAUCGUGGAGAAAGUGUUGGAGAAAACUGGUCGGAAGAUGAUUACGAGUUUGCGGGAGCUGGAAGAUCAGAUCAAACAGAUAGAUAGUAGUGAUAUUGACCGUGGUGGGAAGAAGUGGCAAUUUUUGGCGUUGUGUCGAGAGACGCAAGAUGUGUUUACGUUUGCGCGGGAAAAGACGAUGAAAACGAUGGCCUUUACGAAGGGACUGUUCCGGGAUUUGGAGAGUUGUGAUUUUCACCGUGAUCAUUGUGAUGAUUGUGAGGAAGGGACGGAGGAGGAUUGUGUGGUGCUUAGGAAGCCGACCAGUCACGUGUGCCAGGAAGUGGUGGAAGUUUUGCGCAUAUUGAAGAAGAAUGUGUUGCUGUUUCGGAACAAGUUGACGUCGGUAAUUGAAAAUCUGCAAGACGAGUGCCACGUGCGAAACAUGGCCGAUAUGGACGAAAUAGAUCGUAUUGCGGUUUUGACGCGGACCCGGGAAAUUCUUCACCAGGGGUACAAGUUUGGGUUUGAGUUCCACAAGGAUCUGUCGAGGCUGUUUGAGUCUAAGGCGGAGAUAUGUCGAGAUAUGGAGGGAGAGCUGAAGCUGUCGAACGCGAUUGUUCACUUUGCCAAGCUGUGGAUGAAGUUUGUGAUGGAACGGUGCGAACGAGGCCGCGGGUUACGUCCCCGAUGGGCAAAUCAAGGGCUGGAGUUUUUGAUUUCGGCUUGUGAUCCACACUGUACUAGUCAUCUGAGUGAUACCGAGUUUGAGGAUCUAAAAACCAAGAUGGACGCUUGUAUCUCACACGUGAUUGGCAGCAUCCGUGAUCCGGAGCGACUUCGGCGGUCACCUCGAUCGCGCAAGAGCUCUCCUUCGCCGUCUCCGUCGCAAGGACGCGCUUCGAUACCGUCGAUAACGCUGACCAAAACAUUCCAAAACCAGCUCAGUCUACGUGAAGACGGCGUUACGCUGCGUGCUCACCAUCUGGUGGACACGAACGACAUCUACCGGAAGCAAAGUUCGUACGAGGGUGUCGUCCACGAGGUCAAGAUUCGCGUUCCGACGGGGGAUGCCCUGUUUGGGACGAAACCGUUGCGUCAGCUACGCGUUCGUGACGCCAUCAAUCGGCUUGAUACGGAGCUCGAGGAACGAUUACGCGAGCGAAGUUUGAUUGGCAGUGUCAAGGAGAUAAGCUACUGUGAUAAGGCGCUGAAUCGGGCGCGCAGCGUGAACUUCAGCUGGCACCGCGGCAUCAAGAUAGGUCAGGGCCGGUUUGGGAAGGUUUAUACGGCGGUGAACAACAGUACCGGGGAGUUGAUGGCCAUGAAGGAGAUUGCUAUUCAGCCGGGAGAGACAAGCGCGAUACGGAAGGUCGCUGAAGAGCUGAAGAUCUUCGAGGGUAUCAACCACCGAAACCUGGUCAAGUACUACGGAGUUGAAGUGCAUCGGGAAGAACUGCUGAUCUUCAUGGAGCUCUGUCCGGAGGGGACGUUGGAAAGUCUGGUCGAGCUGAACGGUGGACUGCCGGAGGGUCAAACGCGCCGUUAUACGAUGCAGCUAUUGUGUGGCGUUAAGGAAUUGCACCGACAUGGCGUCGUGCACCGGGAUAUUAAAACGGCCAACAUUUUCUUGACCAGCGAUGGUAACUUUUUGAAGCUUGGAGAUUUUGGGUCCGCCGUGAAGAUCCAGGCGCAUACGACGCUGCCGGGAGAGCUGAAGGGUUACGUCGGAACGCAAGCAUAUAUGGCUCCGGAAGUUUUCACUAAAACGAAUAGCGAGGGACACGGACGUGCCGCCGACAUCUGGUCCGUUGGGUGUGUCGUCAUUGAGAUUUGCAGUGGAAAGCGCCCGUGGCACCAGUUUGAUUCCAACUUUCAAAUCAUGUUCAAAGUCGGCAUGGGCGAAUCACCGGAAAUUCCGGACUGCCUGUCCGAAGAAGGGCACGACUUUGUAGAGAGUUGCCUGCAGCACGACCCGAAGCUGCGCAAGUCGGCCGGAGAGCUUCUUCAGCAUAACUUUUGCAAGGUCAGCGACGAUUCUCCAACAGUUGAGCUCGACAAGCAGAUCCGGAACUCCUUCCGGCGGCAUCUGAAUUCCGCUUCAACGAUCAGAUCGACUGCAAAGUGAGACACCUAAGCAUACGUACUAUUUGAGUAAUUAGCCAUGUUUUGAACAAAAUAGACUACAGAUGAUAAAAACACGUUUUAACCACACGAUUACGAGUAUGAAUAAAGACUGUUCAGUAUUUGAAGUGACGCAGCGAUCAAAGAGAAUUCUACGUAGGCAUGAUAGAGGACAUUAUUACUUAAUCUCACGAGGCGCGAUUACAACAAGGGCAGAAAUACAUUCCGAUUGGAAGAGUAUGAGCAGUUACCAGUUUGUUGGAGGAAAGUGCCUUGGUUAGCACCUUUUUAAAGGCUUUUACAGAGCAGCACUGAUGAGAUAUGUAGACCAGCACUAGCUAGGCACGCGGUUUGAGGUAUUUGAUCGACUAUUAUUAACUACUUAAACGUUGUUCUAAAUAUAUACUGUUUUAAUUUAAACCACA